AGCCACGCUAGAGAGGAAAUUCUGGUGGAAAAUUCACAUAAAUUGCAUAUUAUUAAGCCCGAAAGUUGAAAAAGGAGUUCACGCCGAGCAGGGGACUUUUUUCGCGGAGCACCCCGGAUAGAACCGAAGAAAUUUUCGACAUGGCCGAGGACUUUGAUGUGGAGGCGAUGCUCGAGGCGCCGUAUCAGAAAAACAAUGUCAGUGCGGGCAGCGGUGGACGUGGUGGACGCAGGCGCAGCGGCAGCAGUCCCGGCGGCGGAGGCCACGACGACGACUUCGGCGAGAACGGUCCUCGGAACGGCAGCGGCGGUGGAAGUACACACAAAAAGCAGAGCAAGCGGUCACGGAGUAGAAGCGGCUCACGAGAUGGCAAAUCCCGCCGAGAUCGCGGCAGUGAGCGCAGCAGUCAAAGGGACAAGGAUAAGGAGCGCGAACGACACCGCGAUGGAGGAGGUGACCGAGAUCGACACCGCAGAGAAGGCGGUGAUCGGGAUCGCGAGCGGGACCGUGAUCGCGACCAGAGACGUCGCAGUCGAUCGCGGGAUGAGCGUGGUGGCGGCGGAGGAGGCGAUGAUCGUCGCAUACGCCAUGGCGAUCGUGACAGGGAGCGACGCUCGCGGGAUCGACGUGGAGGCAGCAAAUCCCUGCACCAGCAGGAUCGGUCCCGGGAUAAACGUCGACGCAGUCGGUCGCGCGAUCAGCAGCGCAAGCGGCUGAGUCCGAUCCGUGAACGCAAGCGAAGUCAUUCUCGUUCAAAGGAUAGAAAUAGCCGUCGUCGAGGAACCCACUCGCCUCGUCGCCGCUCUCCAGCGAACGGUGGUGGCGACCGAACCCCGCCCACCGAGCUGAGUCCCGAGGAGCGUGACGCCCGUACCGUUUUCUGCAUCCAGCUGUCGCAACGAGUGCGCGCCCGUGACCUGGAGGAGUUCUUCUCCAGCGUAGGCAAGGUGCGCGACGUGCGGCUAAUCACGUGCAACAAGACAAAGCGCUUCAAGGGCAUCGCUUAUAUUGAGUUUGAAGAUCCGGAGUCGGUGGCUUUGGCUCUCGGUCUCUCCGGCCAGCGGCUGCUUGGGGUGCCCAUUAUGGUGCAGCACACGCAGGCCGAGAAGAAUCGCCUACAGAAUGCGGCGCCCGCAUUCCAGCCGAAGAGUCACACAGGUCCCAUGCGCCUCUACGUGGGAUCGCUGCACUUCAACAUUACCGAGGACAUGCUGAGGGGCAUAUUCGAGCCGUUUGGCAAGAUCGAUGCCAUUCAAUUGAUCAUGGACACGGAGACAGGUCGAUCUAAGGGAUACGGUUUUAUUACGUACCACAAUGCUGAUGAUGCCAAAAAGGCUUUGGAGCAACUGAACGGCUUCGAGCUGGCCGGCCGCCUCAUGAAGGUGGGCAAUGUGACCGAGCGUCUGGACAUGAACACCACCUCGCUGGACACGGACGAGAUGGAUCGCACGGGCAUCGAUCUGGGCGCCACGGGCCGCCUGCAGCUGAUGUUCAAGCUGGCGGAGGGAGCUGGAUUGGCGGUGCCCCAGGCGGCGGCCAAUGCGCUGCUGGCCACAGCUCCUCAACCGGCGCCGGUGCAGCAACAGGAGGCUGCCCCGUCGAUAGCCACGCAGUGCUUCAUACUCUCCAAUAUGUUCGAUCCGCGCACGGAGACGAAUCCCACCUGGGACGUGGAGAUCCGCGAUGAUGUGCUCGAGGAGUGCGCCAAGCACGGCGGUGUGCUGCACAUCCACGUGGACACCGCCUCGCCCACGGGCACCGUCUAUGUGAAGUGCCCGGGCACCACGACUGCUGUGCUGGCGGUGAACGCGCUGCACGGACGCUGGUUUGCCGGACGAGUGAUCACGGCGGCCUAUGUGCCCGUGAUCAACUACCACUCCAUGUUUCCGGACUCCAUCAACGCCGUCGAUCUGGUGGCGAUCACGCGCAAGAACACCGACGAUUGAGAGGAAG